AUAACUACAAUACAUACUUCUCUUUCACGUAACCUCAAAUUGUAUCAAUCGCAAAAAUCGUACAUCACAAAACGAUUCUGCCAUGCCCCAACAAAACGAACAACUUCUUGACAACGGCCUUCGGCCCCUCUGUCGUUACAUCACCGACCACGACUCGAACGGCAAAACCAGAUUCUCAGAAGUUGUACCCGACCCCUUGAAAUGGCAACAAAUGGCAAAUGGCGCUCGAUUUAGUCUGGCAUACGCAACGGAAGAGUACCCGGUCAAUUUCACUGAUAACAAGGAUCUGGAAAUCUAUCAAAAAAAUCUCGUUGAUCUUCCCGGGAUCAUUAUUCCUGGGGGAACUGUCUUGCGUAUGGUUGACAUACACCCUGGAUCGAUAUCGCCAAUGCAUCGCACGAUUAGCUGUGACUACGGCGUUGUUAUUGAGGGCGAGGUGGAGCUGAUUUUGGACUCGGGGGAAAAGAGAUUGCUGAAGCGGGGCGAUAUCACGAUUCAAAGGGGCACGAAUCACGCUUGGAGAAACCUUAGUGAUACGAAAUGGGCGCGCAUGUUGUAUGCACUUCAAGAGUCCCAGCCGCUGCUGUUUAAUGGCAAGCUUCUGGACGAGGAUUACGGCGAUGGAAUGGACGAUGUUAAGGCAUCUAAGAAAUUGGCAGGACUGCGCACAGCUGCGUGACGGGUCUGGAAGAGAAAAUCGUGCAUUGAGAAUACCAUGAAUAUUUCACUAGCGAUCGACAAACCGUUCGUGGGAGAUUUGACUUUGACUCGAUGACGCCUAAGUUCCUCAGUUUUAUCAAGAUAUAGAUCAACAACUAUAUCUUAAGAACGUUCUCUACCAUGUUUAACGUCGUCAAUAUUUGGGCCCACAAUGAUGACUUCGUCUCUUUC